GGUGGGCUCUGCCCCCAGGACCAUGCUGCUACGAGCCCCCUGGAGGCGAGCGGCCUUGGCGGUGAAGGCGGCUCGCGGGUCGAGGCCCGCGGCGCUCACUCGGGGGCUGCGCCUGCGCGUUGUAGACAAUGCUCCCCAGUCGGCUGUUCCCUCAGAUAGAGCCACUGCUUCGGAGCCGGAGUCAGUGCUGCGACCUCUCUAUAUGGAUGUGCAAGCUACAACUCCUCUGGACCCCCGGGUGCUUGAUGCUAUGCUCCCUUACCUAGUCAACUACUAUGGGAACCCACAUUCCCGGACACAUGCUUAUGGCUGGGAGAGUGAGGCAGCCAUGGAACGUGCUCGCCAGCAAGUAGCAUCUCUGAUUGGGGCUGAUCCUCGUGAGAUCAUUUUCACUAGUGGCGCUACUGAAUCCAACAACAUAGCAAUUAAGGGUGUAGCCAGGUUCUAUAGGUCACGGAAAAAGCAUUUGAUCACCACCCAGACAGAACAUAAAUGUGUCUUGGACUCCUGCCGUUCACUGGAAGCUGAGGGUUUUCAGGUCACCUACCUCCCAGUGCAGAAGAGUGGGAUCAUCGACCUGAAGGUAAGAGUGGCUCUUGGGCAGGAGGGGCAAAAUAAAAUAGGAAGAGCCUGGCUUCAGCCUGUAUAUCUAUCUCUUCAACCUCAGCUGGAGCUUGAAGGACUAUAUCUAAUGGUUAGGGUGGGGUUUAGGGAUAUAGGCCUGGCAGAGAAAGAGAUUAUGUUUCCCUUGGCUGGCUGUAACAUCUUAGAGUCAGGCAUGGAGCUGCGGGAAACUGAACCCAGCUGCAACCAGCUUUGGAAAGUGAUAUUUUGUUUCAUAUGUGUUUCUCUUUCUCUUUUUUGUAACAAACUUUGUUUCCCAGGGGUUGGUGCCAUCUACAUUCGUCGCCGUCCCCGUGUGCGUGUGGAGGCCCUGCAGAGUGGAGGGGGGCAGGAGCGGGGUAUGCGGUCUGGGACAGUGCCCACACCCUUGGUGGUGGGGCUGGGGGCAGCGUGUGAGGUGGCACAGCAAGAGAUGGAGUACGACCACAAGCAGAUCUCAAAGUUAUCAGAGCGGCUGAUACAGAAGAUAAUGAAGAGCCUUCCAGAUGUGGUGAUGAAUGGGGACCCUGAGCACCAUUACCCCGGCUGUGUCAACCUCUCCUUUGCAUAUGUGGAAGGGGAAAGUCUGCUGAUGGCACUCAAGGAUGUUGCCUUAUCCUCAGGGAGUGCCUGUACCUCGGCAUCCCUGGAACCUUCUUAUGUCCUUAGAGCAAUCGGCACUGAUGAGGAUUUAGCACACUCUUCUAUCAGGUUUGGCAUUGGACGCUUCACUACAGAGGAGGAAGUGGACUACACAGUGGAGAAGUGCAUUCAGCACGUGAAACGUCUUCGAGAAAUGAGCCCUCUCUGGGAGAUGGUGCAGGAUGGCAUUGACCUCAAGAGCAUCAAGUGGACACAACACUAGAAGAGUGGGCACCUGACUUUGUGCUGGCCUGUCCCUCCUGCCUCACUGACCCACAGUGAGGUGCUCCAUGGUCACACCAGAAUUGGUAUAGCCCUGUUAACUUCAGCAUCAGCCCACCUCCAAGACAGAAACACAAACUAUCUUUCCCUGACCUCAGUUCCUUUGAUGGAGAACACUCCCCAUUUCUCUCCAGGAGUUCUUCUCCAGUCUUACAGUGUGUGGACAUUCUCAUUCUGAAGCAGUAGAGACAUUUUGAUAUUGCUGCUGGACAUGUCUGUGUCCUUGGUGGGGAUAGCAAGAGGAACUGGAAGAAAGCUCUUUAUUCAGGGACCCUGCUACUCUAUGUGGACACUUGAGUCGUCGCUUUUUGCUGCUCAUCUGAACUGGCUUCUCCAGCAACAAGCAUAAUCAACUUUGAUUUAAUCUUCUUUUUGGCUGCAAAGGGUAUCUCUUCAUAUUGACUGUAGACUGAACAGCAAGUUCCUUGGAAGGCUUGUCUCCUUUCUGCUCUCAUCCUCCUUCCUUUCUUUCUACCUAAUGGAGCUAGAAAUAUCUAUUAUGACUCUACCCAUUAUUCUAAUAAUUUAUGUUUCUUUCCUUAAAAUUUUUAAUUUGAAGAUUGGAGAAAUAAACUCAUCUUUUCU